AUGACAUCUACAUCAGCUAAAUCAGUUCUAAUUUUGGGAGCUACUGGAAGCAUUGGAUUUGACGUUGCCUUGGAGUUCCUUAGAAAUGGAUACACUGUCUAUGGUCUCACCAGGACAGAGGACAAUGCCAAAUUGUUGUUAAAGAAUGAAAUAAUUCCUGUCGUUGGUGCUGUAUCUGACUUUGAAAAAUGGGUACCAAUUGCUGAGAAGGUCAAUGUGGUGAUCGAAGCUCUUGCUGACUAUUCCAAUUUGGACACUGCUCAAUCAGUUCUUAACAAGUUCAAAGAGAUCAAGUCCACCAAGAAUCCACAAUUGGUGCCAAUUUACACUUCUGGAGCAUUGGUCUAUGGAACAUCGGACAAGGUUGUUGAUGAGAACACACCUUACAAUGUGAGCAAUAAUCCAUUCCUUACUGUAAGGGUUGGACUGGAGAAUCAAUAUCGUGAGAUAGGAGGUAUUGUCAUUCAACCAUCAUUCGUCUUUGGCAAGAAGGGUAGUGGAAGUUCACUCUACUAUGAAGGUGUUGUUAAGAACACUGAUGGAAACUUUGAGAUCUUUGGAGAGGAGGGUCAGUGGCGUGCAAUAGUGCACAUUACUGAUCUUGCCAGAUUGUACUAUCUGGCUGCAACCAAGACUGACGCAUCACGUGGACAAGUAUUCCUUGGCAGUGCAUACUAUUACAAGACUGCUGAUAUUGUCAGAUCGAUUGCCAAGGAGUCCAAGAAGGAUGUGAAGGCAAUCAAAUUCAUUCCACCAACUCCAACCAAUCCAAUGUCAUACCUUCUCUAUGUAUCCAAUGCAACAUCACAUCAAAAGUCAACCAAUCUCCUUGGUUGGGUACCAACACAACCAUCACUAAUCGAUGCACCAACAAGAUAUUACAACUCUUGGAUCAAUAACAACUCCAACUAA